AUGGCAGUCGUCCUUGUCUGUUUUUGUCUUCUCUUAUUGAUUGUCUCAGCAUCAACCGUAGAGGUGGAGGAGGUAAAUCAAAUCAUCCAGACGCCUGUGAAUCGCUUGGAAUAUGCGGACGUUUCCUGUUUAGAUCGUUGGAAAAGACACGUGAGGAAACAAAAUUUUUUAAAUUAAAAUUGGGAAGUUUACCCAUUUUUAGAUUCCCUUGGAGCUAAGUUUUUAAAAUGAAAGAAAAACAUGACCCAUGGCGAGAAAAUGCGUCCUUUGGGUCAAGAACUGACGAAACAGCAAAUAAAAGAAGAGUUGACUCAUAGAAGAAAGUUUCGUCUCGUAGGAGAAGGCAUGUCUCAUUAAGACAAUAUUUGACCUGCCAAUAGACAACUUGGCACAUAAAUGGACGAAUUCACUCAUAAACGGAAAUUUUGACCAAUAGGGGGAAAAUUUGAUUAAUCCGGGGAACACUUGACCUUUAAAGGAACACUAGACAGUAAAGAAAAAUUAAUCACAAAAAUGAUCUCAAUAGAGAAACACUUGACCCCUAAAUUUCGUAUUUUCAGCCACAAUCAACCCAGUCGCCCAUGUCUAUUUCGACCACCAAAAUUCAUCGUACAAAUCAUCGCUCGACUCUGAGGCCUUCAACAAUUAGAAAAUUUGAGAUUCCAGAAGAGAACAUGGAAAAUCUUUGGUGGUAUCGAGAAAAUAUGGCUGUAACUAUGACUGUAACUGUAGAAGAAUAA